AUGGUCAGUCAGGCAGCCAUGCGAGGCCAGCGUGUGGUGGAGAGCGAGUGCAGGUGCUGGAACCCGGCCGUCUGGCUCCUGGUGUCCCUGCUAGGGUCCCUCGUCUUGGUGGCCGUCAGUGUGCUGCUGCGACUCGGAGACUUGAAAAUAAACAGACGGGCUGUACACACCAAUGGCGUGCAAACCCCAGUGAGGACGCAGUACCAAGUACAACUGGUGAAUGGACUUAGCCGGUGUGAGGGUAGAGUGGAGGUGUUCUACAAUAACUCAUGGGGCACGGUGUGCGACGACGACUGGGACAUGGUGGACGCCAACGUGGUGUGCCGGCAGCUGAGCUGCGGCGUGGCGACGGCGGUGGGCAGCAGCUCUCAGUUCGGACAAGGCUCGGGGCUCGUCCUGCUGGAUAACGUGGACUGCAGAGGGAGUGAAGCAGACCUCAGCCAGUGCAGUAGUCUGGGCUGGGGGGUCCACAACUGUUACCACUACGAGGAUGUGGGGGUUACCUGCAGAGCCGUGGUGGGGGAAAAAGGUUUUGAGGAUCGCACCACACUGCCACAGGGGAACUCCGGUUUACGUGAUGGCACCAUCCGUCUGGUGAAUGGGCCGAACGCCUGCCAGGGCCGGGUAGAGGUCUACUACCAGGGAGCCUGGGGGACAGUGUGUGAUGACGACUGGGCCCUCAACAAUGCCCGGGUGGUGUGCCAACAGAUCGACUGCGGCAGUGCCGUCUAUGCACACAGCAACUCUUUCUUUGGCUACGGAACCGGACGAAUUCUCCUAGACAAUGUCAACUGCCAAGGCACCGAGCAGGAGCUGUCUAAAUGCAAAAGCCUGGACUGGGGCAAACACAACUGUGGCCACCAUGAGGACGCUGGGGUCACCUGCACCGGAUCUACCACUGUACCUCCUUUGGCAACAGAAAACCAGAGAGGGCUCUGGGUAACAUAUAACACUCAAGCAACAGAAAACAUUCCAGUCACAACAAGACCAACUACAACAACUGUUACCACAAUUGCCCAGACAAAAGGCAGACCAGCCAUUCGGGUGAUGAACGGUAACAGUAGCUGCCAGGGUCGUGUAGAGGUCCUCUACAAAAAUAUUUGGGGGACGGUGUGCGACGACAACUGGGACCUCAUCAACGCCAACGUGGUGUGCCGGCAGCUGGGCUGUGGCCAAGCUAUCACGGUCAAGAACCAGGCCUACUUCGGCUACGGUUCGGGUCCGAUCCUGCUGGACAACGUGGAGUGUAUCGGCUUUGAACCGCAGCUGUCCGACUGCGCCAACCUGGGCUGGGGUCAGCACAACUGUGGCCACCAUGAGGAUGCCGGAGUUAUCUGUGCACGAAUGGUGAGACUGGUGGGUGGCCAGCACGAAUGCGAGGGUCGGGUGGAGAUGUACUCAAAUUCUGGCUGGGGCACGGUGUGCGAUGAUGCUUGGGACCUCCCCGACGCUCGGGUUGUGUGUCGCCAGCUGGGCUGUGGAGAGGCAUCGGCGGCUCGGGGAGAGGCGUUCUUCGGGCCCGGCUCGGGGACAAUCCUGCUGGACAAUCUCAAGUGCAGCGGCGCGGAGGCCUCCCUGCAGGAGUGCUCCCAUAUAUCCUGGAAUGUGCACAACUGUGACCACUCUGAAGACGCUAGCGUCACCUGCUCGCUGUCGUGA